CCGGAGGAAUGACGGUGAAGCGAGCGAAGAGAUGAAGAAGCGUUGCCACGGCGAAUAUGAAUUCGCCUGAUGAAAGCCGGCCGACAGAUAGUCCAGCGAGCCUGACCUUUCCAAUUCGGUUGGGUAACGUCAAUAAGGUCGGCUGAAUGUUAAACGAAUGAUACAGCGUCUUUGGGAAAAAUUAUCGCAAGCUUCACAGUAUUCGGUCUACGAACCACGACAUCUCAUUCGAAACAAUAAUUCAUGUAUUAGAAUUUCAUCGAUCCUACAAUCAACCCAAUCUCCGAUUUAUCAUUGUCUCCGUGUAUUAUCUUCUUCAAUCUGUAAAGACUAAUAAAACAAUUCUUUACGAAUAAUUAUCUACUCUUUAUUAAUUCGUCUUGUGUAUAGCAACGCGUUCUACUCUGUGAAUCAGCUCCGAAUGCCUUGUUGCGCCCUAGGCCUCGCAGUUGGCCCUUUUGUCCCUCCACGGGUAUAAACAAAGUUGCCAGCCCUUAUCUCAAGGCUCAAACAUUUUCCGUUCCUUUGUUUUCCACGCUCAUAUACCUUCCAUCAUGCUCUCUGCUUACAAAUCUGUAUUUACGCGAUUUGUAUCUCUGUUCAGUGACGGUAGCGAUCAUCGAAAGAUUUCGAAGUCAAUUACACGACUCUGAUAAGAUGUUUCGAUAAGAUGAAGAUUGCUCCAAGAUUCUUUCAUGAUUCUAGGUCUAUAGAAGAUAUAGGCGUACAAUGUUUUAUAAUGUAAUAGCACUAGUAAUAAUGUGGAAGGAGAAUAAAAUAACAGUACAUAACUUACUUUAUUUUUUCAAAAACGAUUAAUUAUCAUUUUGUUAUUUUUCUACUGAACCUUUCCUGCUGGGAAAUUACAUACGCACACAUACAUACGUGUAUUACUUAAAAAGUGUAAACGGAACGCUUAAACGUAAGACCGUGAACGAUGAGAAUAUACGCGCGAGUGUGCCACGAUUGCGAACGAGUUAUAGAUAAAGACGGCCAACCGGUUAUUUUUGUAACGUACCGGCUAGCAACAGUUUGCUCAUGUCAUCGAAACGUGUCGUCGAACACAGUCCGCAUAUGCGCGUACUUUCGAUUCGAAUGAUCGAUCACCGAUUAUUAGAUAUACAAGUGUCACGACGAUCUCUCCUAUGAUCCAAUUGACUACUGCCAAAUACGUGGAGGAAACGGGCGACAGUGUCGACGAAGAAGUUGCCGGAGGGGAAGUCAAAGGGACCAACGGCGGAACGGUGAAACGGUCGAGGCCGAGAGCGAGUAUUUUUCGGCAACAGUCAGAGGGGUCACAGCAGCAACGGGAACGGGGGCAGUUGACUUACGGGAAGCGUGGAAGCGAAGAAGAAGGCGGGGAUAUCGUGGGCGUGCUGGAGGCGGGACAACAGGAAAUUGAAAAUGGCGCGGUGACGGAGACGAGCAACGUCGAACCGGUAGCAAUUCCCGUUUCGACGAGCCACGGAAUCGACGUCAACGCCGCCUAUGGGUUGCAUUCCCUGUGCUAUGAUUCCGUUCUCCAGGAAAGGGGUUAUCUGGAGCAGGAGUCGAUUCGUUACGGGGGUGGUGAUCUAGGCGGUGAUUCCACGAGUUUGAGCGAGCGGCAGCAACUACAGGAGCAACAGGUUUCCCAAUCCCACCACCAUCAUCACCAACAGCAGCAGCAGCAGCAGCACCAUCACCAUCGGGCCGAGUACGUUCAACUGGGGGCGAGACAAGUAUCGGUAACCGAGGGUGGGGAUAGCGGACAGCCGAGCGAGGGCUCCGUGGUGUCGGAAGAAAACCGGGCCGGCAGUCACGCGCCUCGCUCUACGAUGCAUCGUUACGGUACUGAAUCGCUCUCGGCCCACCGUCAUCAUCAUCAUCAGCAACAGCAUCAGCAUUUACAUUCGGGCCAAGCGUCUCAGCACAACGCGCUCUCGAGUCAUCGUCAUUUGGACGAGCAAGACUCCCAGUCGCAUCAAGAGGUGGACGAGGAUGUAGACAGAGUGAGCGGUAUCGCAGCAGCUAUGAGGGGUGCCCGCGGCGAUUUUACCUUGUUGUACUCCAAUCUGGGUACCACCGGCGCGAGCAACUCCGACAGCGAGGUCGGGACCAACGAGGUUCACCAGUCGCAACAGCAGCAUCAUACUCAACACCACCAGCACCAUCAACUUGACGAAGUUCUGACGGACGACGCGUAUCUUCAACAUCAGAUUCGGAGCGGAGCUGGCAGUGGUAACGGUAGUAAAGGCGGAGGUGGGGGCGGAAGUGGCGCGGAAGGUGGCGGUUCGCCAACGCUGAGAACCGGUAGCUCACCGGGUUCUAGUCGCAGCCCGCACGACGAUCAAAGGUUGUCAUCGCCGCAUCGUCAAGGUCAAGCCGAGGGUGGUUACAGUCCCGGAGAGCAGAGUAGGCAGUCGUACGCUCAUUUGACAGCCAUGCAGCCACCCGUCUCGGUGCAAUCGAAUCAUGGCCUUACUCAGGACGCCGAUCGUGUCUCCGAUCAGCUUUACAUAGAUCCGAUGUACUCUCAUCACACGCCGGGGGGGUCUCAUCAUCAUCAGGACCACGAGUCCGGGUCGUCGACUCCGCAUUCGCCUAGUGGAGUGCUUGCCAGGAGAAGACAAACGGAGGAAGAAGUCGAGGGAGUCUACGAUUAUUCUACGAACAUUAUGCAUUCGUUGUAUCGUUCGAUGAGCGGCGUCAGCGGUAUGACGACAGCCGGGGCGACGGGAACCGGAAGUACGUAUGGUCUUUCUUAUAUGACCGGGAGCCCUACGGAGUUGACCACCUCUCAUCAGCAACUGUGGAACGCGCAAGGUUUGAGUGCAGGGUUGCCAGGGAUGUCGGAGGAUUACAGCGGCAGCGGCAAGUCGUCGGGCACGGUUUCGCAUCAGGCUCAGACUUUGCCUGGUUUCUCGCAACCUUUUUGUGGCAGGGCGAGCUUUCGCGGUUACAGCCCGUCAUAUUCGACGCAACAGACCGGUGUCGGAGUCGGAGGCUCGGUGGUUGAAACCUCGGCGUGGGCCAGCUAUGCUCCACCCUCGAACGAUUCGUUGACGGCUCCCUACGCAAUGCCCUCCAGGCGACAAACCGUCAAUCCACCUUCGACACCCACGCAGCAUCAGCUCACAGCCACGGCUAGUCUUAGCGCAAUGCACAACAUCGAGGCGGAAUACUUUACGGAGGGACGGGAGUGCGUAAAUUGCGGGGCGAUUUCCACUCCGUUGUGGCGACGGGACGGCACCGGCCACUACCUCUGCAACGCGUGCGGUCUCUACCACAAGAUGAAUGGGAUGAAUCGUCCACUGGUGAAGCAGCCACGCCGACUGUCUGCGUCAAGACGGGCAGGCACUUCUUGCAGUAACUGUCAGACGAUGACGACGUCGCUGUGGCGUCGGAAUACGGUGGGUGAACCCGUCUGCAACGCGUGCGGUCUUUACUUCAAGCUGCACGGCGUGAACAGGCCUCCGACCAUGAAGAAGGAGAGCAUUCAGACGCGGAAGAGGAAACCGAAGGGAGGCAUGAAGUCCACCGACACACCAAUCGUCGGGAACGUCGCCGCUUGCGCGAACAACACCAACGCCGCGAACAACAACAACAAUAAUAAUAAUAACAACAACACGUUGAAGUUGGAACCAGAUACUUACGGAGACCUAAGGAUGACCCAGGUUGCCCAGGCAAGCUACGGCAAUACCCUUUACGGUAGUCCGCAGUCUUCCGGGUCAAUCGUUUGCUAUUCGCCGAUCACAUACCACGAUAUGAUCGCCUCGCAGCAGCAACAACCGCAGCAGCAGCAGCAGCAGCAGCAGCAUCAGCAACUACUCGAGAAUCACUCGCCUAAGGUCGAGUGUCCAUCACCGCCUUGCGCGAAUCGGUCGCCAGGGAUAAUAUCCGCGGGUCACUCGCCGGAUCAUCAUCACCAGCUUACGACCCCGCACAUUGUCACUCUGGGUAGCAAUUCCUCGCCGAGUGCGGGAGCCACGAAAAUCAUUUUGGACAACGGUCACCCCAACAGACCGACAGUCGUCUCGAUAUCGUCUUAAUUUCUUAGACGCUACAAGCCUGUCUCCUGGGCUACCAGCUCGUUAAAAUUCGAAGGAUUCGUGAGUGAUGAACGCACUUUUUAAAGGAGUGACGGGAGCGUGCAAAGGAACCGUUGUUUCGUCGAUUUCUUGAUGAGUAAUAAACCAAUGAUGGAAAAGACUUUUCCGUUCGGAUCGACAAACGGGGAUGAACGCUUUCCGUGUCAUCGCAGUUCGCGAUUAGAUACGUGAACAAAAUCGUGAUCGUGGUAAAAGUUAAGUAUAGAAAGGUAGGAAUCGUUUACAAUUACGAGUUUUAUAAUUAUUGAAUUCUAAGAUACUGCUCCUCUAUCGUGACACCUGCGUGGUCUCCUGGUAGAGCGAUGUAAAAGAUAAAAAAGACAACCGUGAUAAACGUAAAAUCGCGUAGAUAGUAAUAGGUAUCUGGCAAAUAAUGAGUUACAUCGAGAACUAGGCAAACAAAUUACUUCGUUUAUUUGCCUAGAUAGAAGAAAUGUGAAGCGAGAACAAGGUCAGAAAUUAUAUCGCCGUAUUGUUUCUUAUAGUGAAGAAAUCUAUUGAUCAACUUCUGUACAAUUCAGACAUUUAGAAGAAAAGAUGAUGAUUACGAAACGUUGUAAAUAGUUUCGCCAAGUGCAGCACGUGCUCCUAAAAUUGAAAAGAGGAUGCGUAAGAUUGUUAGCAAAAAUUUAUUGUCUUUAUCGUUUCGAUUUUCAUAUACGCGAACGACAAGUGAAACCGAUCGUCGGCCUUCCUUCCUUCAUUGUGUUGUAAAUAGAAACAUUAACCGAAGUACUAAUUGCAAGCGUAGAGAUUCAAGAGUGAACGUACGAAAGGACGAUUGAAAGCUGGUAACGGUCGCUACGUCGCUCGGUCACUGUCCGCGUAGAUGUAUACGACACUGCUUUGUGAGUACAAAAGCGAAGAUACGAAACAUAAACUUGUUAUAUUAAGCCAAAGCGGACACGGACGAAUUGUAAGAUUGUUCGUAUACUACCGAAAGUGUGUUGUAUCGAAUCCAUUAUUUUUAAAUAAAAAGGGAUAUUUAAAUCGGAAGGAGGAAUCCGUGAAAAGAAAUCUGGAUUGGGAAAGAGACGCGAGGGACACCGCGUCGGGCAGCAGCUGGUGGAUAGAGGUGUCGGUGAACGCGGCAGGAAAACUUCAUCCCUGUGUAUUUUUGGUGAUAACCGACGCGAUAUCACGAACCAACUAAUCUCGGUUAAAGGUUGGAACGGCAACGGCAACGCAAGGGGCCCCUCAUUGGCGUAACCGGUGGGAAACGAAGAAGCAGUCAUGUCUCGUGGAUCUGAAAGUCCUAUCUACAGUGGCGAGUAUACAGGGUGUCCUGGUAAUAACUCGUCCCGGAGAAAAAUCCAUUCUAUGCGGAGAUAUCGAUGUAGUGUAAUUAAUUUUAAUUUAGUAUAGAAAAUAAGUUGUUAAAUAUUUUUUGAUCGAUUAAAUCCGGACGAAUUUGACAAGAAAUAAUUAAAUCAGCAGCUAGAGGACAUUCUGCACGAAUAGGGAAUUGCAAUGCGUCAAUUUUAUAUUAUAAAUAAAACUGUAAAACCCUC